CAAGCUCGUCUGCAAGCCCCCUGCUGGUAGCGGAGUCGUGAGUGGUCCACGGGGGCUGUUCAGCAGCUCCACACUGACGAUUUCGAGGAUCCAGCCAAUGGAACCUGCCGGUGAAGACCGGAGCUAAUCCAACUUGGGCGCCAUACAUCAACGCCAAUGUACAUCUCGAACGACAUGUCUUCGUGGGGACUGGGAGAAAGCGGGAAGUCGAUGGUGAGCAAAAUCCCUUCAUGGCCCAAUGGUGUCUGGAAGCGGAUGUGGCGGCUUGCUAAAGGGUUAGUGGUGUCCGGGGCUGCAUGUGCACCGCCGGCACUUGGAGCACAAUAUCUCGGCGGGGAUCCCUAUUUCAGUGUAAUUUGUGUGAUGAUGCAGGACGUGCUGGGAAAGGUCUAAACAUGAGGUGCUUCCUCGGUCAACUGAUCGAGAUGGUGAGAGAAAUUGAAGGCUGUGAUGAGGGAACUUUGACUCCGGCAUGCGUGGGGGGUGCCAUAUCCCGAAACUGUUAAUUGAAGUCUUCUGAGGUCGAUGAUGAUUCGGAGGAGAGGCUCCUCUUGGAUAGCACCCCCGAGAGAUCUAAAGUUAAAUUCAGCUGGGGCCUAUGGGCAACGCUUUAAUCGUCCGGUAGCUGAUAGACUUUGUGAUAAAGGUAGCGACCUAAGCAUGCACAGCUGAAAACGGAUAGCCUCGACGAACCAAGCGGCGCGUAACGUGCCCGCGGCGCAUGUACAGGAAAGGGGCAAACCGUUCCAGAGAGCGUCUUCUGGAUGGCGAUUGGGAAUUCCUGGAAGUCUAGAGAUUGAAUGAGACAUCAGCCAUGGCGAUGAUGGAAUGAGGGGCAGUCGGCAGCCUGGCAGCAGUCGGUGGUUUCUUGUCCUUACGCAGUCGACCUCGGAACUCCACGUGCUUGGCAGUGAUCAGCAUGAACCCUGCACGGCUAGCCCUGUGCCCAAUCGAAGAUCUAGAUUGCCCGCAACCAGCCAUCAUCAACCCCACCCCGGUCUUGACUUGUCCACCUGCUCGCCUCACCUGGCUUUGCUGUGUUGUGCUGUGGUUGUCAGCACGUUGGCCAGACUCUUUUUCUCACUCGAGUAGCUCAAAGCUCUCUCUCCUCUCCCCGCCGCAAUCGCCACUCAGUCAACGUUUCCCCUCGUCCCAACUGCGCUGCUAAACGACGCUUUCCGUAAUUCCUCCGUUCCUCGUCCGUCCCCCGAAUCCGAAUCCCAAGCUGCAGGUAAGUCGAUGUGAACUGCCCUUGUCCUGUCCUUGACCGCUCCGUCGGGAGCGCUCCGGGUCCUUUACCGUCCUUCGUCGUAUCGCUAGACGCUUGAUCCCGCACGCCACAUCUUGCCUCGGAGGGGCUCAGCGCAUGCUCAUGCGAAUGAAUUGCUGCGGCUUGCUAGACAUCAACAUUGACAACCCUCGCGAUUACCGAACCCUCUCCCCUCCACCCCCUGUCCCCAUACUUCCACGCCAAGAAGGGGUGCCUUUCCAACGCGUCUGUCCCGGAUUUUUUUUUUUUUUGGAAAGAGCAUAUUUAACUGUAUUGACGACCUGCCCAGAGCUCUUUUGCUCUCUGCUCUCCCAGUCCAUAGAUACACACCGACGCCGCGUCCUUUGCCGCUCGACCAAGGCCUGUUGGCCGCCCGCCGAUAACAACAACCCCUCCCUCUGUUUCCCUUUUGCUUUCCUGAAAGAAUGUCUGGGUUUCCUGGUGCCGGUUAUGCGGGAGGAUACGCUCCUCCGCCGCAACAGCAGUAUGCUGGCUACUACCCUCCCCAGAACUACGGUUACCAGCAGGCCCCUCCACCUCAGGGCCAAUAUGGCUACCAACAACCUCCGCUAGGCCAGCAAUAUGGCUAUCAGCAGCCGCCUCCACAAGGCUACCACCAACCCCCACCGCAACAGCAACCACCGCAACAACAACCACAAUACGGACGACCGAACAUGCCGACCGUAAACUCCAACUCUUACGUUCACGGGAACCACGGUGCCCCUCCUCCGCCACCCCAAGCUCCUCAGCACUUUGGAUAUGGUGCUCCGCAAGGCUAUGCCUUCCAGUACUCACAAUGUACAGGGAAAAGGAAAGCUCUACUGAUCGGAAUCAACUACUUCUCGCAACGCGGCCAGCUUCGUGGGUGUAUCAAUGACGUUAGGAACAUGUCCUCGUAUCUGGUGGAAAGAUUUGGCUACAAGCGAGAGGAUAUGGUCAUUCUUACGGACGACCAGCAGAACCCCAUGAGCCAACCGACCAAACAGAACAUCUUGAGGGCUAUGCAUUGGCUCGUCAAGGAUGCUCGCCCUAACGACUCCCUUUUCUUCCACUACUCUGGUCACGGUGGUCAGACGAAGGAUCUUGAUGGUGACGAGGAGGACGGAUAUGACGAGGUCAUCUACCCGGUCGACUUCCGGCAAGUCGGGCACAUCACGGAUGACGAGAUGCACAGAAUCAUGGUGCGCCCACUACAAGCAGGCGUUCGCUUGACAGCCAUCUUCGACUCGUGCCAUUCCGGAACCGCGCUCGAUCUUCCCUACAUCUACUCCACCCAGGGUAUCCUCAAGGAGCCCAACCUUGCCAAGGAGGCCGGCCAAGGUCUUCUCGGUGUUAUUUCCGCCUACAGCCAGGGCGAUCUCAGUGGUGUUGCCAGCAAUAUCAUGGGUUUCUUUAAGAAGGCCAGCAAUGGCGAAGAUGCCCACGCCCGUACCCUCGCGACGAAGACCUCGCGUGCCGAUGUUGUCAUGUUGUCCGGAAGCAAAGACGACCAGACUUCUGCCGACGCCACGAUUGCUUCUCAAGCGACUGGAGCCAUGUCCUGGGCCUUUAUCAACUCGCUCAAAAAGAACCCCCAGCAGAGCUAUGUGCAGCUCCUCAAUAGCAUCCGCGACGAGCUACAGACGCGUUACACCCAAAAGCCGCAGCUCUCGUGCAGUCACCCUCUUGAUACGAACUUGCUCUUUGUCAUGUGAGGGCGUUCCUAUUAAGAUAAUAAUCACUUGGCAUGAAAUUGUAUAUACGAUUUGAGGGUUUUUCUUGUAUCCCCUUUUGGAUGUCACACAAAAGAAAAAAUCUACUGGUGUAUUUUUUGGUAGGGAGAAGUUGAAGAAUCUUUUGAGUAUUUGGGAUUGUUUUUGAUGUAUGUCAUGGCUUUUAUUGUAGGAUAGGGAUGCAGGAAUUAUGUGAGGGUCGGUGAUUUGUUCAGAGGAAAAAUGAUAAAAAAUGAUAUGAAUUUUGGUUCUUUCUUUCAUUUUGGCCGAGGAGCAAAAAGGGUCGCUCGCUAAUUGCUACAAGUCUCCUGGGGGUACAUAUAUAUGUCUCUCACUUUCUAAUGUCUGUUGUCUCUUAUUUCUUGCCACUUUGACGGUCAAGCAACAAAUGUUGGGUUCUCUUGAUCUUGGGGUUUUGACGAUGUUGAUGACUUAUGAAAUCCUUUUCACCCUUU